GUAAACGUACCGUAUCGACAGCAGGGUAGUCGCCCCGUUUCUUACCAUGUGGACUACAACCUGCUACAACGUACACGCCGCAAUCUUGUCCGCGUUAGGAGUCUAAGAUGAACCAUUGAUAUCAUCCACUGUCCAGUCAUUGGUGGUACUCAGAUGCUACUAGCCUAUCACGAGGUUCUUCAUCAUGGAACCAUCAUUCCAAGGUCAAACCAGAACAAGUAUUCUCUUCCGAACAAGGCGAUAUUGGAUGCUUCGUUGUAUGACAAGCCGAAAGCCGAAUUCUUCCUUCAGGGCUCGAGAAUCCACAAGAAUGAAGCUCGGCAACUCCCACUUCACAUGAUGCGUUCUUCAUCGUUCUUCAUCGAUUCAUCCUUCCAGUCAGGCGACGUCGCGAUAAUAGGGUGGCGAGAGCAGGACUGCGGAUGUUCUAAACCUGGUCAGGGAUGGCCGCUCAUCGGCGAGUCCCCCGUGAGUACUCCUGAGUGCGUAAAUAUUAAAGGUGUGGUGUGGCACUUGGUUUUGGCAGAAAGUGUCCAGCCUUGCUAACUUCUAAAAUGGCAACCGUGGCGACUUUAAGCCCUGAGGACUGUUUGAAGAUCCUUCAGCGUUGGGAACAGGAUGGCCCCACCGAGGAAGAAAAAAACGAAUUCGCAGUCACUGCUCUCGCUCAGCUGAACGACCCCGGCCAAACAAAGAGAUUUCAAGAUAAUAUCAGCCAAAUAGCUGACUUGGCCUUGAGCAUUGACAAGACUUUUAGCGACGUACAACAAAGGCUCGUGCUUUGUGCCAUUGUCUUCCCCUUCAUUUUUGUUUUAUGUCUGCAGUGGGAGGAUUUCCGGCAGCGUUGGAGGGCGUGUCUGCGUCGCUCGUGCGAAGUUGCAGCUGAAAAUGUUGACAUUCUUAGACGCUUUGACAUGGUUUACCUUGCGAAGGUGGAAAAUGUCCAGACCGAGCAGGAUCGCAUCGCGGCUAUCCAAGCGUUAGAGCCAUUCAUUGACGAACUUGAAAAGAAUGAUCACUCUGUUCAAAUGUCCCAAGAGUUUCUGACACUCAAGCGUGAUAUUGCGGAAUUUAUAGGCAGAUUUGCUCUCAAGGCCUCAGAGUUUGGGAUCGAGUCUCGGAAAGACAUUGCAGUCCUGGAGGAACAGAUAAAAUCUGCGCAAGCAACAAUUGAAAUAGUCGGUGUAGGCAUCCUAGAAGGCCUUGGGUUGGGUUCCAGAGCCUCUAGUCUCGUUGCCUCGCUCAAGGCACA